AGUCUGAAAGUGACAUACGCCUGCUCAUGAGAAUUUACAUGGUUAUUGUUUCCAAAUAAACCAAUUUUUCAUCUAAUAAUUCGUAAAGUUUUAACAUAUUAACUUUUAAUCCAAUUCCAAUAUAUUUCAAGAGUAUACCAUUCACUUUUCAUUUGCAGUAAAUGGGUUUCUAAUCAACCACUUUUUUAUAUAUAAAUAAUUUCUUUAAUUAACCAAAGAUGCAUCGAAAUUUACCACAAAAUAAAGAAGCUUUACUUAAAUCCUACACAACACGGCUUAAAGAAGAUGUUAAAAGUAUGUUAGAAAAUUUUGAAGAAAUAAUAAAGCUAGCUAAAGGUGAAAAUGAGUCCCAACUUAACAGAAUGACACAAAUCGAGCAAGACACUUUCGAAAUGCAAGUCAGAGCUGCAAAUAUUGUUAGAGCAGGAGAGUCACUCAUGAAAUUAGUUUCAGAUAUAAAACAAUAUUUAAUUCUGAAUGAUUUUCCAUCUGUCAAUGAAGCUAUAACUCAAAAUUCAAAAUUGUUUCGUACCAAACAGCAAGAAUGUGAUCAAAAAUUGAUGUCACUUCGUGAUGACAUAGCAGCUGACCUUUAUGAUUUAGAAGAUGAAUAUUUUACAAGCAUUUAUAAAUAAUAUUUUUAGGCCUUUUAAAUAUUCUAUAGCAAUAAUAAUUUUAUGUUUUUUAUAUAACUACAUGAAUUGUGUGCAUUGAUAUUUUCUAUAGUAAUAAAAGGAGUUAUUCCUUAACAUUUUGUUAUACAUAUCUAUAUGCAUUUUGGAAGGUCAGAAAAAAAUUCAAUAAAUUUAUAAAACAAAUCUAUUUGAUAACAGAAUUUUAUUGAUUGAACUAUAAUUCAAAACACUACACUGAAACCUGUUACCUACUUAUUUUCCUACUUUGGGCUGAACAAGUAGUGUGGACCAUCUUGUGGAUAUUGCUUAGCAGUUACAGGUCUUCCAAACUUAUAAUCUUCUAAGUAAAAGUACAAAAGGAAACUGCCUG